AUGGACGCGCGUCAUUUGCUUUCAUCCAAGUCAUGGGAGUCAUGGGUCCUGGCUGAUGAGGAAACUGGGGACCCGGAGAAGAUCCGCGCAGCUUUGCAAGAAGCAAAGGAUGCGGGAGCGGACGCAGCGCAGGUGGAUCGUGCGCUGGCAGAACUGCAGCGCGUGCAGACAGAGGUUGACAACGCGGAUGCUGCAGAAGACCCGAGCGCAGUGUUGGAGCUGUGCCAGAAGGCGGAAGUUUUCAAGAAGAAGGGUAACGACCGCUUGAAGGACAACACAAAGUCCGCAGCGAGAGAGGCUCUCGAGUUUUUCACCAGCGGUUUGGAGGUCCGCUGCAGCGACCCGAAGCUGAACGCGCAGCUUUUCAGCAAUCGAGCCCAUGUGCGGCUGCUCCUGCGGCAGUUCGUGGAAGCUGUUGAUGAUUGCAGAAAGGCGAUAGAGCGAGACCCGAAGAACAUCAAGGCUUACUGGCGCGCGGCCAGGGCCUCUCUUCAUCUGGACCUUUGUCGCAAUGGGAUUGAUUUCUGCGAAGCUGGGCUGAAGCAAGCGCCUCAGGACUUGGACCUCAUCAAGCUCCGGGACUCAUGUGCGGAGAAGCUGGCGGGCCAGCAGCAGAGGCGGGCAGAGGCCAGGUCUACAGCCGCCCGUGACUUCAACGCGGACGAAGCCAUGGCUGUCCAGGAAAAGGUUUCCGGAUUGAGCGAGCAGCUGGCGAGACUGCAGGCUUCCUUUGCCAACAAGCAGCGGCAGCGUGUUCGGCUAGAGCUCACGCAACAGACAGUUACAUCCACACCAGAGGAUGCCAAGCUGUACCGGGGAGUGGGCCGUUGCUUCCUUCUGGGCGACCGGCAGCCCAUUCUAGACGAAAUGAAGAAGACCAUGGCCGGCAUAGAUGAGGACACUCUGUGGACCAUGCACAAUAGGACCGAAGCCCCAAGCCCGUGCCAAGCAUAG